AAUCCGCCGAUAAACGAUCAGGAGAAGAAAGAGAAGCUCAUUUUCGGUUUGAGAGAUUCUGGAGAAACAUUCAGAAAUUCCGACUGCUUGGUUUAUCUCCCUUUAAGGUCGGGUUUGAGGAGGAGGACACAUCCCUUCCUGGCGGGCGACCAUGGCGGACAUCAAGAACUUCCUGUACGCCUGGUGUGGGAAGAAGAAGCUGACUCCCAACUACGACAUCCGAGCUGCAGGAAACAAGAACAGGCAGAAGUUCACGUGUGAGGUCCGGGUCGGCAGCUUCAACUACACCGGGAUGGGAAACUCCACCAACAAGAAGGACGCUCAGACCAACGCUGCCCGUGACUUUGUCAGCUAUCUGGUCCGAGUGGGAGAGAUAAGUGCAGCGGAGGUCCCAGCUGUUGGGGUGGGUCCGGUCGGCGAUCAGCCUGACGGAGGAGAAGGAGGAGGAGGAGGAGGAGGGUUCGGGAGCCUUCCUCCCAGCGGACCUCUGCCUCCUCAUCUGGUCGUUAAAGAGGAGCAAGGGGAACCCGGCGCCACAGGUCCGGUUCCAGGAGUAACGGGCCUGGGCUACUCAGGAGGAGGAGCUCAGUGGGAACGGGGAGCCAACCUGAAGGAGUACUACGACCGCAAAGACGAGCAGGAGGCCCAGGCGACCCUGGAGUCGGAGGAGGUGGACCUGAACGCCAACCUCCACGGGAACUGGACCCUGGAGAACGCCAAGGCCCGCCUGAACCAGUUCUUCCAGAAGGAGAAGACCAGUGCUGAGUAUAAAUACAGCCAAGUCGGACCGGACCACAACAGGAGCUUCAUCGCGGAGAUGCAGCUGUUCGUGCGGCAGCUGGGCAGAAAGAUCACGGCCCGGGAGCACGGCUCCAACAAGAAGCUGGCGGCCCAGUCCUGCGCGCUCUCCGUGGUCCGCCAGCUCUACCACCUGGGCGUCAUCGAGCCCUACUCCGGCGUCACCAAGAAGAAGGAGGGCGAGACUCUGGAGGUGUACGAGGUCAGCGUGGCUCCCGACCUGCAGCAGAACCUGGCGGCCGUGGUCCAGGAGCUCGGAGUCCACAUCCCCCCGCCGCCGGCGGACGCCAGCGCCCCGGUGUCGCUGGUCCAGGGCAAGAUGGCCGCCUUCGAGCCGUCCCAGCGGCAGAGCAGCAGCGGCGUGGUGCCCUGGUCGCCCCCCCAGGUCAACUGGAACCCCUGGACCAGCAGCAACAUCGACGAGGGCCCGCUGGCUUACUGCACGCCGGAGCAGAUCAGCCAGGACCUCCAGGGCGAGCUGACGCACCAGCUGGAGUACGACGAGAACCUGCAGAAGAUCCUGGCGGAGCGGGACCAGCUUCCCGUCAAGCAGUUUGAGGAGGAGAUCAUGGCGACCAUCGAGAAGAACCCGGUGGUGAUCAUCAGGGGAGCGACGGGCUGCGGGAAGACCACGCAGGUCCCUCAGUACAUCCUGGACCGCUUCAUCAAGGGAGGCCAGGCGUCCGACUGCAACAUCGUGGUCACGCAGCCCCGACGGAUCAGCGCCGUCUCCGUGGCCGAACGGGUCGCCUACGAGAGAGGAGAGGAUGUGGGGAAAAGCUGCGGCUACAGCGUCCGCUUCGAGUCCGUCCUCCCCCGACCGCACGCCAGCGUCCUCUUCUGCACCGUGGGUGUUCUGCUCCGUAAGCUGGAGGCGGGGAUCCGAGGAAUCAGCCACGUCAUCGUGGACGAGAUCCACGAGAGGGACAUCAACACGGACUUCCUGCUGGUGGUCCUCAGGGACGUGGUCCAGACCUUCCCGGACGUCCGCGUCGUCCUCAUGUCGGCCACCAUCGACACCACCAUGUUCAGGGAGUACUUCUUCAACUGCCCCAUCAUCGAGGUCUUCGGACGCACCUUCCCGGUCCAAGAGUACUUCCUGGAGGACUGCAUCCAGAUGACCAACUUUGUCCCCCCGCCGAUGGACCGCAAGAAGAAGGACAAGGACGAGGAUGGAGGAGACGACGACACCAACUGCAACCUGAUCUGCGGUCCGGAGUACACGGCGGAGACGAAGCGGUCCAUGGCGCAGAUCAACGAGAAGGAGACGUCCUUCGAGCUGGUGGAGGCUCUGCUCAGGUACAUCGAGACGCUGAAGGUGGCCGGCGCCGUCCUGGUCUUCCUGCCCGGCUGGAACCUCAUCUACUCCAUGCAGAGGCACCUGGAGACCAACCCGCACUUCGGAAGCAGCCGCUACCGCAUCCUGCCGCUGCACUCCCAGGUUCCCCGAGAGGAGCAGAGGAGGGCCUUUGAGCCGGUUCCGGAGAACGUCACCAAGGUCAUCCUGUCCACCAACAUCGCUGAGACCAGCAUCACCAUCAACGACGUCGUCUACGUCAUCGACUCGUGCAAGCAGAAGGUGAAGCUCUUCACGUCCCACAACAACAUGACCAACUACGCCACCGUCUGGGCCUCUAAGACCAACCUGGAGCAGAGGAAGGGCCGCGCCGGCCGCGUCCGCGCCGGCUUCUGCUUCCACCUGUGCAGCCGCGCCCGCUUCGACAGGCUGGAGACCCACAUGACGCCGGAGAUCUUCAGGACGCCGCUGCACGAAGUCGCCCUCAGCAUCAAGCUGCUGCGGCUCGGCGCCAUCGGGAACUUCCUGUCCAAGGCCAUCGAGCCGCCGCCGCUGGACGCCGUCAUCGAGGCGGAGUACACCCUGCGAGACCUGGACGCCCUGGACUCCAACGACGAGCUGACGCCUCUGGGUCGGAUUCUGGCCCGGCUGCCCAUCGAGCCGCGGCUGGGGAAGAUGAUGAUCAUGGGCUGCAUCUUCCAUGUCGGCGACGCCAUGUGCACCAUCUCGGCCGCGUCCUGUUUCCCAGAACCCUUCAUCAACGACGGGAAGCGCCUGGGCUUCGUCCACAGGAACUUCUCGGGGACCCGCUUCUCGGACCACGUGGCGCUGCUGUCGGUCUUCCAGACCUGGGACGACGUCAGGGUGAACGGCGAGGAGGCGGAGACGCGGUUCUGCGAACACAAACGGCUCAACAUGUCCACGCUGAGGAUGACCUGGGAGGCCAAGGUCCAGCUGAAGGACAUCCUGGUCAACUCUGGGUUCCCUGAAGAGUGCCUGAUGAACCAGACGUUCAACACGGUGGGGCCGGACAACAACCUGGACGUGGUGGUGUCGCUGCUGACCUACGGCUCCUACCCCAACGUCUGCUACCACAAGGAGAAGAGGAAGAUCCUGACCACCGAGGGCCGCAACGCCCUCAUCCACAAGUCCUCCGUCAACUGCCCCUUCAGCAGCCACGACAUCAAGUACCCCUCGCCGUUCUUCGUCUUCGGCGAGAAGAUCCGGACCCGCGCCAUCUCGGCUAAAGCCAUGACCCUGGUGAGUCCUCUGCAGCUGCUGCUCUUCGCCUGCAAGAAGAUCAGCUCCGACGGGGAAAUCGUGGAGCUGGACGACUGGAUCAAGCUGAAGGUCCAGCAUGAGGUGGCGGGCGGGAUCGCCGCCCUGCGGGCCGGACUGGAGGCUCUGGUGGUGGAGGUCACCAAAGACCCCGAAUACAUCAACCAGAUGGACCAAGUCAACCAGAAGCUGCUGAACGUCAUCAGGCAGGUGUCCAAACCGUCGGCGGCUGGAAUCAACCUGAUGGCCAGCAACCAGAGGAUGGGAGACGGGCCGCGGCCUCCAAAGAUGCCACGCUUUGAUGGAGAAGGAGGAGGAGGAGGGUACAGAGGAGGAGGAGGAGGAGGCUACGGGGGAGGAUAUGGAGGCUACAGGGGGGGUGGAGGGUACAGAGGAGGAGGAGGUUAUGGAGGAGGAGGAGGAUACAGGGGGGGCGGAGGUUAUGGAGGUGGCGGGGGGUACAGAGGAGGAGGAGGAGGAUACAGGGGUGGAGGAGGAUAUAGGGGGGGAGGAGGAGGAGGAUAUAGGGGGGGAGGAGGGGGCUACAGAGGAGGAUAUGGAGGAGGAGGUGGUGGGGGUUACAGAGGAGGAUAUUAAGCAGAGUGGGACCUCCUGUUUUCCUGUUAAAUGUUUGAAUCGUCUUUGUUUUUAUUGAUGAUGUUUCCAAUAAAUCUGGGAUGUUUCCCCUGAUGCUUCAUCUUCA